AAACACAAUCUCCAAGGUUACCCUACCCCACGCAGGUUGAGAAUUUGUUACAGUGUAAUUGAUCAAACAACUUUUUUUUGUUGCUCAUCACGAAAAGCAAAAAAAGGGUGAGGGGAAAUGUUUUCUCUUUGUUUUUGCAAAACAAUUUUUUUGUAUAUCUGUUUAUUUGCCUACUAUCCCGAACUGGAAUUGAAAUGAACCAAUCAACGAAUUCGAAAAAGCACAAGCAGCUCUUUGUCAAGGAGGGCGAUGACUUUGAAUACCAGAAGGGAGCGUCGACCGGUGGCGAUAGUUACCGUACCAGCGUGUACCGCCACUGCGACUCUGAAAUGCGCAUAGUGGUCUGCCGCAUCCCACGGCCUCUCUGCACACUGCACAUAUACGUCCCCACCGUGACGGACAAUGACAAGGGUCUGCCGCACACGCUGGAGCAUUUGAUAUUCUGCGGAUCUGAGCGGUACCCGAACCGUGGCUACCUCGAUGCAUUGGCCAACUGUAACUUCGCCGACGGCACCAAUGCAUGGACAAGCUAUGACCACACGUGCUACACAUUGUCAGUUGCUAGUGAGCAAGCUGUAACUAAUGUGCUUCCGGUGUACUUGGACCAUGUGCUGCAUCCGCUUUUGCGCGAUGACCAGUUUGUCACUGAAGUGUACCAUUAUGAUGCCACGGGGAAGGAGCAGGGCGUGGUGUUUAGCGAAAUGGUCUCGCGCGAGCAAAGCGAAAGCGACCUCUCGAGCCACCACCUGCGCAAACUGAUGUUUUCCUCGAACUCCGCCUAUACCUUCGAGACUGGCGGACUCACGCCGGACAUCGCCAACCUCAGCAACCAGGAGAUUAUCGACUACCAUCGCAAGUACUACGAUGUUAAUAAUAUCACUGUUGUCAUGACUGGUGCGUUUAGCGAGGACUUUGAGGAGGUUCUGCAGGGCUUGCCGGUUGAUAUGCUCAAGAGCAAUGGCUGCAAUUCGCGCGCCCCCAUUGACUGCUCUGUGCCGCCGGAGGACCGGUGCCGCUUUGAGUUUGUCAAGUUCCCGUCGGCGGAUGCGGACACUGGAUCAAUUUCGUUCGGCUGGCGUGGUCCGCAGCCAGAGGAUAUUGAGACACAGGCUGCGCUGGGGAUCUUGAUGGAGUACUUGGCCGAAAACCCGUCUAGUCCUCUUAACCAGCGCUUUGUUGAGCGGCCGGAGCCGCUGGCCAAUUACGUUUACCAUGAUCUUGAAAGCACCAUGCCCAGCACUUUGACCAUUUCUUUUGGGGGUGUUCCCUAUCCAAAAGCCGAUUCCGAGGCCGAUGAAAAUCAUGAGGAGGACGAGGAUGAGGGCGAGGACGGCAAGUGCUCUGGAGAUGAGGGCACAGGAAGUGUCCAAGAGGACGAUGAGGAGGAAGACGAGAACGAUAGUGACAGCCAGAAUGGCGAACAGGAUCCUGACAUCCCGCUCUUGUUUGACGAGUGCUACUUUGAGAGACUUCUGCUUGCCGAGAUCCAGCGUGUCUACGACACACAUUUUGACGGUGACAGCAAAGCACUUAAAAACUCGACCGAGCGCGUGCGCCAGAAGCUGGCUGUCGACAUGGAGAAUAACCCCGAGUGUGUGAUCCAGGAUGCCAUGUGCGCAGAUAUUAUUGCUGCGCACUUCUCCCCUUCCCGCCAGGGGGGCGCCUUCAGAAUCGGCAAGCGGGCAAAGAUGUUUGAUAUCAUCGAUAAGCUUGGCCGCAAGCCCAUGGAUUACUGGCUGGACCUGCUGAAGACCUGGUUUAUCGACCAGCAGCCCUACCACGUUGUCAUGGUUCCAGAUGCUGAGAUGGGGUCGCGGCUCGAGGCGGCGCGCAAGGAGGUCGAGAAGGCGAACGAGGCAAGCAUUGUUGACAAGGAGGCACACGCGCGGGCCAUUGCACAGGCCAUUGAGGCCAACAAGGUCGAUCUGCCGGACAGUGUCAAGCAGACGAUCCCGUCGCCAGACCCGUCGCUGAUCAUCACCCUGCCGCAUACCCUGAAUGUGCUCCCGCUGCCCAAUGCCGCCAGCCCGGCCGCCGCCGUGCAGCUGAUCGAGGUCGACUCUGAAUUCCCCGAGAUCAAGCUGCACAUCCCAAUGAACUCGCUGCCGGACUCGCUGCGCGCGUACCUGGUUCUGUUCCAAGAGCUUCUGUUGUGCAGCGAUGUUAUGCUUCCCGCCGGUAUCGUGUACGAUACAGACGCGCAACCGCUGGCCGAGCCUAAGCGUGUUGGCUAUGUCACCGUUGACAACCGCCUGGCCGACAUUGCCACCUCGAAUGGGGCUGCAGUCGGGUACGGCAAUGGUCGGUUCUCGUGCAGCUGGUUGGACGAGCUGUUCUACGUGUAUAUGCGCAUGCCCGACGACAAGUUUGCUCUUGGCGUGCGCUGGCUGGUUCAGGUAUUUAUGUUUGCGGACUUUACUGCUGAGCGCAUCCUUUCGGUAGCCCAGAAUUUGCUCAGCGAGAUUGUCGAUUUGAAACGCGAUGGCGAGUCAAUGGCCUUUGCUGUGUCUUCUCUCUACACUACGGAGGAUCGGGAGGGUGGGCCUCGCUGGGUUGCGAACCAUAUUAGUGUGUUUGAGCAGGAGAGUGUGCUCAAGGGGAUUGUUGACAAGGUCAAGGGCGGGGAUGUGAAGAGUGUUGUUUCGGUUCUCAAUGGCAUCCAGCGGGCGCUUAUUUAUGGCCAGGGUGGGUUCCUGUCGAUGGGGAUCCCCACGGGCAAGAGCGGACAGGCGUACAUCGACGAGUUCUCGCGCGAGUGGGCUGUCUGCCUUGACAAGUACGCCGAGAGCCAGAAGGCGGAGUCAGCUGUCCCGUGUGUGGCAGAUAAGGGCAGACCGCUGUUUGGCAAUAACGGGUUGUUCCCUGUACCACGCGUAAACAGGUUCCCUGAUAUGGCAUCACCUCUGCGGCUGCAUUUCCCGAUGGCGGCUCUGCAGUCCUCGUACGUUAACAUCUGCUUCAACUGCGACCUGUACAAGGGGCCCGUUGGCAGCAGUGAGCGCAGCUUUGACGAGCAGCUGGCUGAGUUGCCUUCGAUGGACUAUUACGCGCUGAAUAUGCUCGCCUCCCUGCUGCACCGCACGGACGGCCCCCUGUACAAUGCGAUCCGCGGCAAGGGCUACGCAUACGGGGCUUAUUUCCACCCGAGCCAAUGGGCGGGCAUGAUGUCGUUUAUCUGUCCCAGGGCGGCGGAUGCACCCAAGGCCAUUCUUGAGAUGCAGCAGCUGGUUCGGGCGCUGGAAACCGAAUGGGACGAGUAUGUUGGCGACUUUGAAAUCAGCAUGACGCGCUCGACGCUCGUAUACGAGAACACUAUUGCGCAGGCUACGCCCAAUAAUGUGGCCAACAGCUGUGUGGUAAGCAAUAUUAAUGGGUUUGAGUCUGUUGAGCAGUUGGAUCGUUGGCGCAAUGCGCAUAUGGCGGCGGUUGGGCAGAAGGAACUGAGGCGCGUUUAUGAGCUGUAUUUGAGGCGCUUUUUGGACGCGGAGUACCCGAUGCUCUCGGUCAUUAUGACGCCACUGGAUACAGAGCUGCCUGUGGAGAUUGGCGUGUAUGAGCGUAAAAUGCUGGAUGAGCUGGCCACAACUGCUCUGAGAUCAGUGGUCUGAAGGAGAGGAAUAUGUAUUAUUUUCUUUGGUACUACUAGAGAAAAAUAUA